GAGAGUGGGAUAGACGGCAGUGAGGCUGAAGUCAUCAGCCGGCCGGCAGGAGAGGACUGAAUGGGAAAGUAGAAAAAUGAGAAGCGGAGGUCUUCUUUGGUUCACUUUGGUUCAGCGAUGAGGUGUGACAGCAGAAAGACAACUUCAACUUGUUUUCUGUGAGUGAUUCCAUGAAGUAGUUUUGAGGUGGGUUUGACUUUUUGUGCGUUAGCUGAUGCUGAGAUAAAGCCGACUCCCUCCGCGCGCCUAGCACAUUAGGGUCUGCACACACCGGGACGCACGGAGCAUCUCCAGGGAGAGACUGGAAGAGGGAGAGGAAGGUCCGUUUGGAGUUGCUACACAUGGAUAUUAUCAGUCAAACUUUUUAAAAGUCCCUUUCUUUUCAAACCACAGCUGUAUUCACCUUUUGGACCUAUGCUGAUUGAUACUGCUUUCUUUCUGCGCACACCGGAUGAGAAUCGAUCUUUUUGCGGUGUUUGUUUUUUUAUUGUUGGAGGGGAUGUUCUUCAUCACAGCACGGAUAACGGAUCCCUGACUCGGUCUGGCUCAUAUGAAGACCUUAUUCAGGAUGUUACAAUCUAAGCGGCCCAGGCAUCAUUGGGCCAGCGUCCACUACCAUCACCACAUAUCACCACAUAGCUGGGGGUCCUGCUGUGUGUAGGAAUUAUUCUCUGCUCUCCACACUUUGCCUCUAACUGGGGCAAGAAAACGAAAUCUCAUCCCAUAAGUGUUUGGUGAACAUUGACAUUGGCUUUACGAGUCUCAUCUCUGGGCUACUAUGCAAUUACAAUUGAUCUCCUUUGUUUUGAUCAUCUUGCACUGCAUGGAUUACACUGGUGGUCAGCAGCACAGCAGCUCCAGGCACCGGCAACAUAAACAGAUAUCUGGUGUGAGCUCGGGGUGCCAGCAGGGUGGCUGUCUGACCUGCUCAGACUACAAUGGCUGCCUGUCCUGCAAGCCGCGCUUCUUCAUGCACUUGGAGAGGAUUGGGAUGAAGCAGAUUGGAGUGUGCAUGACUUCCUGCCCUCCAGGUUUUUACGGCACACGCUCCCCAGAGAGAAACACCUGCACAAAGUGCAGGUCGGAGUGCGACUCCUGCUUCAACAAGAACUUCUGCACACGCUGCAGAGCGGGUUUCUACCUUCACCUGGGAAAGUGCCAGGAGUACUGCCCUGAGGGGAUGGGCCGCAGCGACACACAGAGAGAGUGUGUUUCCAAGUGCCCUGCAGAGUGUGAGUCGUGUGUGAACGGUGAAACAUGUACGAGGUGCCGGCCAGGCCUGUAUCAGUUCAGCGGGAGGUGCCACCAUGUCUGUCCAGAGGACUACGAGCCCAAUGACAAGCUCAUGGAGUGCAUAGCGCAAGUGCACUGCGAGGUGGGUGAGUGGAGCGAGUGGAGCCCCUGCUCGCGGUCUGGUAGAACCUGUGGGUUCAAGCGGGGCCAGGAGACCCGCACACGGUUGGUCAUCAAGUACCCAUCUCCAUUUGGGAACCCGUGCCCUGAGAUCUCAGAGAUCAAAGAUUGCCUGGUCAAGAGGAGGAAAUGUCCAGGAGGACGAAGGAAGAAUGAUCGAAGAGAACGAAGGAAUCGCAACAACAGGAAAGAUAAGGAGAACCCAGAGGUGCGAAGGGAGCGGAAGAAAGAGAGGGAGCGAGAGAGGGAGAGAGACACAGGUGAACGUGAAGACUCUGAUAACAGGAACAAAACAGAGCACCGGCAUCGCAGAGGCCAUGACAUAGACCCUGUCUCUCCUGAUGAUGGCCUUGUACAGUAGAGCACAUCAUCCUCCUCUUUAGAUCCCAAUCCUUACCCUCUGGUCACUCCCCUCUUCGACCCCUCUCUGCAGGGGUGUUGCUGCUACCUGUAUGAUUUGAAAAUAAUGUUUAUGCACAAGCAGGAUGGGGCACAUUCAGCCACAAGGCUCAGGCCACUAUGGACUUUGAAAAAGUCAUUUUUUUUAUCUUCCCUGUAGCCUCUGCUCCUCCUCGCUCACCACUGAGAGAGUGUCUCUGCUGAAAAGUGCAGAAGACUCCGCUGAGACUGCUGAUGGGACUAAAGAACACAAUGAGAAAUGUGUGUGCCUGUGUGGAGGACUGACAGACACAAAGACAAAGACGUUACACUAUGUGCUUGUUGAUAUGAUUAUUUAAUGGGGCCCUGGUACAACAUUGUGCGUCUUGGUUUUGAAUGUAGAUUUUGAAACAUAAUGUAGAACUAUAGUUUAUUAUUGUUGUUCCUGUUCUUUAGAUCGCUUUACUUUAUUUUAUUUGAUGCAAAAAUGUGUAAAGAACAAAUAAAAGUUAGUUUGAUAUUGCCAUUUUGUGACAUAUUCACAAAGACAGAUGUGGGGAAACCUGCAUGCUGAGAGUUAAUGGCUCAAAAACUGAAACCAUAAACAUGAGUUCCGUAUGUUUUGGACAAAAACGAGUUUUAUCCUAAAAUGUGAUAAAUCUGAUUGACCAUCAUAUUCCUUUUUUUGUGUAAAUGGAAUCUGUCCUCUGUUAAGCUCCUUGAAUUGGAACCAAAAGCACCUGUAUGUCAAAUAAACUAUAUUGGGUUUGUA